AUGUUUAGCACAAAGGAGCCCAAUGAAGACGUGCAAACCGCAAAAUUAAAAGCUGACAAUGAACAUUUAAUGAAUGUCAUCAGGCAAUUAGAAGAUGAUAAUAAAAAACUAAAAACAAAAAUUUCUUCGUCAUUACCGUCAUCUGAAAUAAAAAAGUGUGGAACUUCAAAUUCUCCAGCACCAUUGCCGCCAUCAAGAAUAUUAUUCAAUAAUUUAAGCCCACUGGCAAAACAGCGAGCUACGACUAGAAUGAUGACACAAAAAGAAGAUUUGCCUAGGGGAUCCAUAACAAGUAUUCGCGAUAGAUUUGGAAUAAAUCUAUCAAAUCAAAAUAGAUCAUCACAAACAAAAAUAAAACCUUUAGAUCAAACUAUUGAAGAAUUCUAUAUAAUGAUGAUAUUAGUCGCUUAA